AUGGGCAAUCAAAUUCUAAACAAUUUACAUUCUUCUUUUGCCAACUUGUUACAUUCUCGUCAACUAAAGAUUCGCCUGGCAAGCUACCUCGAGGAUCUUUCCCCUGCUUCUCCCACUGCCAUCCUCAUGGAAAAUUGGAAAGUGCAAGCCCAUGCCUUCCACCACCGCUUGAGGACCGAAGAUGAAGAGCCAGCCAAAGAGGCCAAGGUCCAUGAAGCAGGGUGGUGA